ACAACGGAAGACGAAGAAAUCAGUUUAAAUUGAAAUAAAUUUCCGCAUCCAGCCGCGAGUCUUGACAAGCUCGACCGACUCGUCACAGCGCACAAAGUCACGUGGGAACGAUUCAGAAAGAGAGAAAGAGGGUCCCGUUGUCUUGUUGUCAAAAUACAUCGAAGUCGUGGCAGUCCAUGAAGACAACAAAAAGCUUCCACCAAACCAAACUCGUUGGAACUGAAGCUGUUGGCUGACAUUUUGCAAUAUUCAGCAACUUCAACUAUUUCUGCAGUACUAGGUGUUCAUUUUCACACAAACGGUGGACAGAAUUCUUACCAGCAGUUGCUUUUCUUGAAAACUUGGUGUUCGCUCAGUUUCACACUUUGCGACAGUCAUCCAUCCCCACAGGCCGGAUUGGACCCCCGACGGGCCGACUCUGGCCCGUGGGCCGUAUGUCUGACACCCCGGUGUGUCAACUAUCCUGCAAAAGGAGUUGAGCGGAGGCCGGGCUCUCUCUCUCUCUCUCUCUCGCUCUCGCACACAGGUGGUCGAGAGGGGAGGGGCUGCAUCGCCAUGGCAACCUGUGCAGAAGAAAAGAAGGAGACGGUGACUUCUUUCAACCUGUGAACACCUCGUCGUCCUCGUUGUUGUUUUUGGACUUUUGGAUGACUUGCGGUCUUCUCGCGACGAGGCCGAGGUGUGGAGCGGCGCCGUACGGAUUCGCCGUGGGCCGUGAGCCGCGUGUGCAGUGAUGCAGUAACGUCGAGCGUGGCGCCGCCAGGACACCUUUUGCAGCCUGUAAUAAAUACAGUAAGAAGAGGAUGUCCACGUCGUAGGUCACGCUAACGAGCCGCCGGUACGUAAAGCGAAAGCGUGUUCCGUUCGGGACGUCUCGGAAAUGACGAAAGCUCGACGUGCCGUGAUGCGCGGGCGAGCGUGGUUACUUAUUGCUGAGUUAAUGGGCUGAGAAGAACCUGAAUCAGCAGCGGCGUGGCCUCGUACGCAGGAAGACAAACAGCCGUCGGGGUGGACAACAGGAGGUGAAAGGCGCUGUGCAAAGAGCUCAGUCAGCAGAGGAGACGAGAGGGCCGCGACCAGCAGCCGUGAGCUUGACCGACUCGUCGCUCGCCCGAUUUGAAAAUCGGAUUUUUCCGGUGAUAUGCCGAGCGAGUCUUCAUUUGUUAUUAAAACAGUAAAUGCUGUUCGCCGUCGGAGUGGCACAGAAUGAUGUCCUUGCGCGGUUUGUCCGCUCGCGGGAGCUCUUGACUCCAUUCGGUCCGAUCGGCACCUUUGCCGAGCCGAUGCCGCGGUUGUCCGAGUUAUCGCGCCAACAUUUACGACGGCACGCUAACCGUACCCCUACGCGAUGACUUGCAGGUGAGCGUCCCUUCGGCACGAUGACGACGACGGCGGCGGCGGCGGUUCCUCUCGCGCCGCCCUUCGCCGUGGUGCCCGGCGGCGGCGGCGCCCUCCUCGACAACGGCAGCCUCUCGCGCGGCGCCCGGCCCCCGGCGGCGUUCUGCAGCAUCGACGAGUCGUACAAGUACAUCUUCCUGCCCGUCUGCUACUCGUUCACGUUCGUGUUCAGCCUGUCGCUGAACGCGGUGGUCCUGUACCGCUCGUUCCGCCGCACCAAGCGCUGGAACGCUUCGCUCAUCUACAUGGUCAACCUGGCCUCCACCGACUUCAUGUACGGCCUUUCGCUGCCCUUCCUGGUGGCCAGCUACGUCAUGCGCGACCGCUGGGUCUUCGGCGACUUCAUGUGCCGCCUGGUGCGCUUCCUCUUCUACUUCAACCUGUACUGCUCCAUCUUCUUCCUCACUUGCAUCUCGGUGCACCGCUACUUGGGCAUCUGCCACCCCAUGCGGGUCAUCACGCUGGAGAGCAAGAAAGCCGUCAAGUGCGCCUGCGUGCUGGUGUGGGCGGUGGUGUUUGCGCUCACCUGUCCCAUCUUCCGCUUCGCGCAGACGGGACGGGCGUCCGACGGCGGCGGCGCGGACAACUGCCGGGACGACGCCGUCGACCGCGAGUUCUCCGACUACGUGCCGUACGGCGUGAUCCUGCACCUGCUGGGCUUCUUCGUUCCCUUCUCCAUCAUCGCCUGGUGCUACUCGCACGUGGUGCUGACCAUCUUCAAGACUCUGCGUUCGCGGCCCCGCGACGCCAGGGACCAGGCCGGCGUCUCCGUCUUCCCGGGCGCCGACUCGCCGUACGCCGGCCGCCGGCGCAAGUCCAUCCGGACCAUCGUCACCAUCACGCUGCUCUUCGCGCUGUGCUUCUUCCCCUUCCACGUGACCAGGACCGUCUUCCUGCUCCUGAAGACAAGGGCGGAUGCUGCCCGCCGCCCGGCGCCGGCGUGGCCGCGGGGCCUCUGCUGCCCCUGAGGAUGAUGGCGAAACGAGAGGACCACGGACGCCGGCACGGCAAAAGUCCCCUAUUUACCUGACAGAAACUAUGCGAAAAGACGUUCUCUUUUUUGAAACCAUGAAAACGGACUCGGUUUCAAUUCGAUCUUCUACGAAUCGAGAAAGAACGUCUUGCUGAUGUUGAGUGAUAACACGUCAAUCAUUCAUGAGAAUGGACAGUGAAUGCCGCACAUUGGCAAAUUCUCCCAAUUAAGGACCUUUAGGGAUCCAGUCCAACUUUAUUUGUUAAGCGCAGUGCACCAGACAGCAAAAAGUAACAGUGAGAUGAAGAAAUUCACAUGAAACACAAAGGGAGGUAAAUAACGGAAAAGAGACUGACCGUCAUUAAAGGAGUCAUCAAAUCAACAGGAAUUUGGAAAGAAAAUGGAUACGUCAACACCGGGUGUCACAGGCCAACAAAGAGUGAUUUCAAAACAGGCGAAGAGGCUCGAGGACUGCGGGAUGCGCCGUUCACGGCUUCGCUGCCGAGGGUCUGUGUCGAAACGAAUUGACGUCGAGGCGUGUCGUUUUACAAUGAUUUGCUGCCAACUUGUGACCGGCCGUGCGGCAGGGCUCAGGCCCUGAUCUCCGGCACGGGUACGAGUCGGGUCGGCGACGGCGCUACCUGGCGACUGUUUCUGGCGGCCUCUCGUGGGAGAGAGGCGGAGUGACGAGAAGAAAGCGGCUCGUCUUCGCUUUUAACGCAAAUCAUUGGAAUCAUCACAAAGGACAAACUGAAGUACGAGUUGAGUUGCUCGCUCGCUCGGUCGGGAGGCAUAUCGAGCGGAGUGUCACGCUGGCAAAUUCAAACGUCAACCGUCCCGCUCUAUCUCCCAUCCUGCACCGCGGCCGCGAAAAUCCGGAAGAGCGUGUUGAAUAUUACACAGAAAAUACAAAUCACACGAGCGGGUUUCCUCGCUUCCUAGAAGGCCGCGUUUAGUUGAUCUUUGUUUUGUUUGGGGGGCGGGGCCGUUUUCAAAUGUCACCGACAGCCCAACUGUCCGCUUCCAUUUGGGCUUCUUUUCUUCUUUUCCCACCGGGGUCACCUCGUCCAAGGUAGGACUCGCGUUUCAUCGGACUUAUUUCGCUUGUCGAGUCGACGGCCCAAACCAUUUCGAACCCGUAUGGUGUGCAGAAUGCCGCCAACUCAGACAGUCGGGGAAGGAAAUGUGUCGCUCGUCAAGCGCUUGAAUGAGUUGGAAGGUAAAGUCGUAGAAAACGGUGGCGACGCUGUGAACUCAACGCACUGGUCCCUGCAUCGAUUAAGGGCGUGUCGCGUGGUUUGCGGACGCCACGUUGUCUUUGUUACGGCGAUUGGCUUUUUUGCUUUUGAAAGGCCUCUCCGCUCCCCGGUCACGUGACCGACGAAUUGCCCCGCGCGGCCGACAAAAAUAGUUGCUGCGCGUCAUCUCGCCUGAUUGGUCCCUUUUAGUCACAUGCUGUGAUGACGUACUCGGCGUGCCCCUCUGUUCUACAUACCAUUUACGCCACCGCCGCCUUCUCGAUCGCUUUUGACGCAUAAUUAAACGUGUCAUCGAGGUCCAUUUGUUCUGUCGCGGUCGCCAUUGUUGUUGCUUUGUUCCUUGUUACUGAAAGAAAAGUAAAAACGGCAGAAAUGCAAAGGAAACUCCGCCCCAAUACCAGCCGUAGCGACACCCCCGACUGGGAGGAGAACUGCAGCACGCUUACAAAAGCGCGCGAGUGUAAAGGCGAACUGCGCGAGGGACAGCCGCCAUUAGCAUUUCAUAUCUCUGCAGUGUCAUUUCUCCAUUUGUGUGCGGUGUUUCUGCCUUCUCAAUAUUUAAAAGCUAAACGUGACCGUCCGGCGUUCACGCCGUUGGAUAUCGACAACGUCGUUCUGACUGCAGUCCGAAAAGAGGAGUUGGAAUUUUCAUUCAAGAUCUCCAUGACGUCACGGUUGCCAUUCAUGUGCACGGGGUUCAUCGUUCCACACCUUUGCUAUCCGGCCGCCAAUGUCCACGAGCAAGUCACGGAUAAAAGUGCAUUUUCAAUACGGGGCAUUGCUCACGGAUAUGUCUCAGUCCAGGUUGAGAUAUCUCUCAUUUCAUUCUGACUCGUCCAGUUCCAAGAUAACUUGAAUUCACCUCAAGUCAAUUAUCCACGGCUUAAAUUGAGUUUGAACGGGGUGAAAUGCUGAUGUUGUAGGUGACUCGUCACCAUUAUGUUACAGAGGUCUUGAAUGAAAAUUCAAUUCAAUUAUUCAAAAUGUAAUUAUGAAUCGUGAGAAAGGCGUCACGCGUGACUCAUGUUUUGACAGGAAAAAAAGGAUUGUUCUUCUCAGGGAGCUGUUUCCGAUUUCCCGGAGAGCGUGCGGAUGCUCACUUGUCCGCGGCUUCUGUCAAGUUGAUCAAAAAGAAAAAGAGCGUAUUGUCGUCCGUGUGUUUGAAGAUGGCGAGGCAGGGUCACUCCAAACCCCGACGCGCUGCCAAUUCUGCCGAUUUUCCACGGUUGUGCGUUUCGAGGGUUUAUAGCGGCAUCGUCUCUCUGCGGUGCUGUGCGGUCACAUCACACGUCUGCGUGUGCUUCAUCUGAAAAUGUCCAAAUGGACGGCUCGAAAGUGCUCGUUCACUCACAAAUGUGGAAAAUGAGACAGAAUGUUACAUUUCAACAUCCAACUCAAAUGCUGUACGUUGAAUAAUAAAAGCUGACCGGCGGUCCA